AUGUCUUUCAAGGAUGUGAAAUUCGGAGCUCAUGGAUGCGAGUUGAGAUUUCGGUUGAUCCAUUUAUGGGAAGCUCGAAAUGUUGUGACGAAGACGCUUAUCGGUCUCGAGAUGUUUCUCAUUGACCAAGAGGGCUUCAUUCCAGCUGGGAGGAUAGAUACUUAUCUGCCACACAUGAAAGUUGGUGGCAUUUACAGGCUUAACAGUUUUUACGGGUCUAAUAACAAGACUCUGUAUCGGGUGGCUGAACCAAGUGUCACCAUCACCUUCUCAUCGUAUUCUGUCCUCUCUGAUCUAGAGGAUAAUUAUGUUGGUCACAUCAAGCUUGUGAAUGGGCAAGUUCUCAAUGACAGUCUCGUGCUAGAUGAUGCCGAGAUAGCUUCAUCCCGCCGAGUUUUGCUUCAUGUUCAAACACAUGAUUGUACCUCUGGGACAAGGCUGCCUCUGAUUUUAGUGGAAAAUUUUAAAGCAUCUGGAGGAGCUGCAAGUGUUAUUUUGGUCACCACCUUAAACCCGAAACGUUUUGGAGGUGUCCUAACUCUCUCCUCUAUGACGUCAUCACGGGUAUUUCUGGACAGUGAUGUUCAAGCAACCCGAGAUUAUCUCACUUGGUUGAACUCAAACAUGGAUGUUGCUGAUAUAGUUUCUGCGGAAGUUGUCACUAAGACUGAGACAGUUGCUUGGUUUGAGUGCAUAGCAACAGUUGGUGAUGUUGUGCACGGAUCAAGAUGGUAUUACAUAGGUUGUGGUGUGUGCCACACUAAAGCAACCAAAGGACCUACCACCCUAAUGUGUAAAAAAUGUGGGAAGAGUGAUAUUGUUGGUGUUGCACAGUACCUAGCCAAGAUAUCUGUGUAUGACAAUGAUGAUCAGGCGUGUUUGUGCUCCUUGGUGAUGCUGGCCAAUGAGAAUAUGGGAGAUGAUCACUUGGUUCCGGUGCCUCAAGCUCUGAUCAAUACCAUAGGACAGACUCGCAAGUUCAUUGUGAAGGUAUCAACUCACAAUUUGACUGGCAAGACCCAAAGUUUGACUGUGACAAAGGUGCUCAUUCCAGAAGAUCCAGAAAUUGAAGGCAAUGUAGAAAAUGUGACUAUACCAGAUGCCCAGAAAACUUUGCAGAAUGGAAUUGCUGAGGAUGGUCCUUCCACACGCUUUGAAGAAUCUGGUGGUGAGAGGGUGAAAAGGACUGCUGAUAAUGUUGAGGCAGAAGAUUCAAAGCGAGCCAAAUGUGGCUAG